AUGCUAGACUACGUAUACUCUUUGAAUCUCAAUGAGCUUCUCAGUUAUGAUGAUCAAGAUGAUGAUGAUUUAGUACCCACCGAGCUCAAUUCUGUUUUUAGUGAACUGGGAGCGAUUAAUGUUCAAGGGAUGUUUCACUGCAAUGGCUUGUUGUAUUUCCGUUUACUUGGAAAAAGUUAUUUGGUUAACCCGGCAACCAGGGAAUCCAAUAAACUUCCUAGGGCACCAAGACUGCAAGGGGAGUACGGCCCUUUUCCAAAUAACUUAUAUGGGUUUGGAUUUGACUACUCCAUUGAUGAUUAUAAGGUGGUUAAUGGGCAGAUCUGUUGGCAGAAUGGUGAUCUUGUAGUUCAAUUUAGUGUCUGUACAUUGAAAGCCGGUUCAUGGCGGGUGAUUGAGAGGCAAUUUCCCUACAGUAUACCUGAAUAUUCACAGUAUCCGCCUAGAAAUUUCACUGGCAUUUUGCUGAAUGGAGGUCUUCAUUGGUUGAUGUAUAAAGUCGGAGGUGACUCAUUACUCAGCGUAUGUUUCCUUUUGGAAGAGGAGAAGGUCCGAGAGAUUCAACUGCCAGUUGGGUGUUUCUAUUCCAUUGACAAUCCGUUGGUGGAAUUAGGGGUUUUUAGAGAAAAUAAGCUAUUUAUAACAACAGUUCGUGACAAUAGAGGAUAUUCUUAUGGUGGGAUUUGGGUUUUGAUGGAAUAUGGAGUGAGGGAGUCUUGGACUAAAGCGACAGUGGUGGUGCCAUAUUGCCACUCAUUACGUUUUUGUUUUUGGAGGAAAUCUCAUGAUUUAGUGGUGAGUGAUGGAGAUUUAUUGUUGUACGAGUUAUAA